CCCCUCCGCGCGGGGGCUGCCGGGAGGGCGGUGCGGCCCCGCCCGCGCUGCUGCCGGAGCCACCCGGAGCCGCCAUGAGCCGCGCCAAGUUCAUCGAUAUUGGUAUUAACCUCACAGAUCCUAUGUUCAGAGGAAUCUACAGAGGAACACAAAAACAUCAAGAUGACCUUCUGGAUGUGAUAGAGAGAGCAGUCAAAGUUGGCAUUAAAAAGUUUUUGAUUACAGGUGGAAGUCUAGAAGAUAGUAAAGAUGCAUUGCAGCUGGCACAGACAAAUGACAUGUUUUACAGUACAGUUGGCUGUCAUCCUACCCGCUGUGGAGAAUUUGAGCAGAGUAGCCCCGAACAGUAUUUAUCUGAAUUAAAAAAUCUGAUUGAAAAGAAUAAGACAAAGGUAGUAGCAGUUGGAGAAUGUGGCUUAGAUUUCGAUAGGUUAGAAUUUUGCCCAAAGGACAUCCAACUCAAGUAUUUUGAGAAACAGUUUGACUUGUCAGAACAGAUGCAACUGCCCAUGUUUCUCCACUGUAGAAACUCACAUUCUGAAUUUUUAGAGAUAAUGAGAAGAAACCGAGAUAGAUUUGUAGGAGGGGUGGUACAUUCUUUUGAUGGCACAAAGGAACAAGCAGCAGCUCUAAUAGAUUUGGAUCUUUAUAUUGGAAUAAAUGGCUGUUCACUGAAAACAGAAGCCAACUUGGAAACACUGAAAUCGAUUCCUAGUGAGCGAUUAAUGAUAGAGACUGAUGCGCCUUGGUGUGGAGUGAAAAAUACUCACGCUGGAUCAAAAUACAUUAAAACUACAUUUCCAACAAAAAAGAAAUGGGAAAAAGGGCACUGCUUGAAGGACAGAAAUGAGCCCUGCCACAUAAUACAAAUACUGGAAAUUAUGGCGGCAGUAAGAGAAGAUGACCCGCUUGAGUUGGCCAACACUCUAUAUAACAACACUAUUAAAGUCUUCUUUCCAAAUAUAUAAGGUUGUUUUUCUUACAUUUAUUCAGCAUAACUUCAGUAAAUAUAUUGCAAAAACUUAAAAAUCAUCAUACCUGCAAAUCCUAAUCAAUGGAAGCCAAUAUGUAGUGGGUUUUGGUUUUUUUUAUGGUACAAGAUUAAAGCUGCUUUUGAAAAGGU